CAGCAGGCGGAAGUAGGUCGAAGUGUAUCAACAGAACCACAUUCGCCUGGAUUUUUCCCUUUAAUUAAAUCCUGUUGGAUUCUUGUUUGCGCGAUGAGUUCGGGUGUGGCUAUGAGCUCCACAUGCCCCGGUCUGUACUGCGGUCGGAUCAUGGUGAAUGGGACGGUGGAGGGAGAGUGUGGAGUUUGCCCUCGAGGAGAGCGGGCCAACAUUGAGAAGGUCUGCCAGCGCUGCACAGAGUGUCCUGAGCUCUACGACUGGCUCUACCUGGGCUUCAUGGCCAUGCUGCCGCUGGUGUUGCACUGGUUCUUCAUCGAAUGGUAUUCUGGGAAGAAGAGCUCAAGCGCUCUGCUGCAGCACGUCACCGCCAUGUUGGAGUGCAGCGUGUCGGCUGUGGUCACUCUGCUGCUCACUGAACCUGUGGGAAAACUCAGUAUCCGGUCCUGUCGGGUCCAGAUGCUGUCCGACUGGUACACUAUGCUGUACAACCCGAGCCCGGACUACAUCAACACGUUACACUGCACACAGGAGGCCGUUUACCCACUCUACACCAUAGUGCUAAUCUACUACGCCUUCUGCCUGGUCAUGAUGAUGCUGCUGCGCCCCCUGCUGGUGAAGAAGAUUGCGUGUGGCCUUGGGAAGACGGACCGCUUCCGGAGCAUCUACGCCGCUCUCUACUUCUUCCCGAUCGUCACGGUGCUGCAGGCGGUCGGCGGCGGUCUGCUGUAUUAUGCCUUUCCCUACAUCAUACUGGUCCUGUCUCUGGUCACACUGGCUGUUUACAUGUCUGCUUCUGAGAUUCAGUCCCUCCAGUCUCUUAUCUCUAAGAAGAAGCGCCUGGUGGUUCUGUUCAGCCACUGGCUGCUCCACGGUUAUGGGAUCAUCUCCAUCUGCCUCCUGGAUAAGCUGGAGCUGUCGCUGCCGCUGCUCGCUCUGGUUCCAGGACCCACGUUGUUCUACAUCGCUACGGCCAAGUUCACAGAGCCCACCCGCAUCCUCUCCGAGGGCGGCAGCAGGCACUGAGCGCCACCGCCAGGACUGAUUUCCAUCCUCGCUGCUCAUUUAAUGUUUAAACUCCGUCUUAAUGUAAAUGCUGCUCACAUGAACCUGUAAAAUAUUCACUUCUUAUUCUUGUUGGGAUUAAAUGUUCACAAGUUUCACUGAUGUUCCUCCAAAUUCUGCUGCUCUUCUCUAAAGUUCCCUGUUUCUGUAAAUAUGUUUAUUUGUAAAUAUCAGUGUAUUUAUGUUUGCUGGUUAUAAUUAUACGUUUCACAAAAACAAAACUCUU